AGUCACGAAUUGUAUUCGAAAUCAGCAAUAAUGAAGUAUCCAGUGGAUUCAGCGGAAGCGGGGCGAGCGAGGAAGAAGGGGGCGUGGGUUCGGGCGUGGCUGGUGGUGAACUCCGCGGGGGAGGCGGAGGUGGUGGAGGCCGGCAAGCACGCCAUCAUGCAGCGGACUGGUCUCCCCGGCCGAGAUCUCCGCAUGCUCGACCCCGCUCUCUCCUAUCCCUCCACCGUCUUGGGCCGAGAGCGCGCGAUCGUCGUCAAUUUGGAGAAUAUCAGGUCGAUCAUCACUUCUCGAGAGAUGAUUUUUCAAAAUUCCAAAGAUCCUUUGCUUACUCCUUUUGUCGAUAAAAUUCAGCAAGUGUUUCGCCAUCGUCAGGCUGUCGUAUCCAGCCAGGAGUCUGGAGAGGAAGGAAACAAAAAACCAGUGUGGACAGAUUUUUAUGGCUCGAAAGAGCCGGAACCAAUGGCAGAUGGUGGUGACCAAAUUUAUACUUACCAACAAAAGAAAGAAGAGUGGAAUGCAGAGGAAACGGGAGAGAACGUGCACGAUUUGAAGAUUCUUCCAUUCGAAUUUGUUGCCCUCGAGGCAUGCCUCCAGGCUACCUGCAGUAGCUUGGAUGAUGAAGCAACAAGACUGGAGCAAGAAGCUCAUCCAGCAUUGGAUAAGCUCACUUCCAAGAUUAGCACUCUCAAUCUAGAUCGGGUUCGACAUAUUAAGAGCCGUUUGGUGGCAAUAACUGGGCGUGUGCAGAAGGUGAGGGAUGAAUUUCGAGACAAAGAUGGACUUGAUGAUGCUGACGAGCAGCAAGCUCCGAGCAUGCAAAGUUCUAGCAUCAAGAGUCUCGAUGUGGAGGAGCUCGAGAUGAUUCUAGAAGCAUAUUUUGUACAGAUUGAAGGCACGUUGAACAAGUUAUCCGCUCUGAGAGAGUACGUUGACGACACAGAAGACUACAUAAACAUAAUGCUGGAUGACAAGCAGAACCAUCUCCUGCAAAUGGGAGUGGUGCUCACUACAGCGACUUUGGUGGUGGGCGCGUUUGUGGCGUUGACUGGGGUGUUUGGCAUGAACAUUGGCAUCGAGCUCUUCGACCCCAAGUUAUAUGGGAUGCCCGAAUGGCUCUGGACCGUCGGUGGAAGCAUCAUAGCCUCUGUUUUCUGUUACGUAAUCGCUGUUGCCUGGUGCAGGUACCAACGCCUCUUGGAAUGAAGAGGGAGGAGGAGAAGAGUUAUGUUUUUUUCUUGCUUGCUUUACCACAAUCCAAUGUAGAUCUUGUAGCUUUUGAAUUAGUUAUGAUUAUGAGUUGGUUACUUCACUUUUUGGUGAGAGAUACAAAG